CAGUUUUGUCAUCCCAUAGCUGUGGCAGUCAUGGCUGUCAAAGCCAUGAUGAAAUAUCUCCGGGCUAGUUCGUUUCCUAAUUUCAGUUUAUUUUAAAAAAACACCAUCUUGUUUUCUUCGGGAAGAACGUUCAACAUUGGAUGGCCUUCGUCUUUUACUUUCUGAGUGUAAAAUCCGUCCUCCUCAUGGACUCCUUAUCAAUAACUUAAUUUUAAGAUGACGUUCCGGCCCUUCUUUUGCAUCACAAACCUGUCCGACAGGACAGGAGGCAGGGACUGAGCUACCUACCACCCUCAGGAUGGGAAACAGCACAUCCUCAUCUGUGGGGAAGUCAGCAACUACACCUGUGAACCAGAUCCAAGAAACAAUUUCUAACAAUUGUGUGGUGAUCUUCUCAAAAACAUCCUGUUCUUACUGUUCAAUGGCCAAAAAGCUUUUCCAUGACAUGAAUGUCAACUAUAAAGUUGUGGAAUUGGAUAUGCUGGAAUAUGGCAGCCAGUUUCAGGAUGCUCUUCAUAAGAUGACUGGAGGAAGAACUGUUCCCAGGGUGUUUGUCAACGGCACGUUCAUCGGAGGCGCAGCUGACACUCACAGGCUUCACAGAGAAGGGAAAUUGCUGCCCCUGGUUCAUCAAUGUAACCUGCAGAAGAGGAAAGCCGUGGAAUGA